ACCAUAACCACAACAAGCCAAUGAUGCGGUGGUCAUGUUUGGAUGAGCGUUUUAAAAAAGAUCACUUUUACUUAAUGUGACUGCUUGUUCCAGAAAUAAUUACAAUGGAGGUUUUGCAGGACGGGGAUGAGCAUGCACUGAAGGAUAAACGAGGGGGGCGUUUGGACAUGAGUCACGGCUUCUUACACCAUAUCAGACGAAAUCAGAAAGCAAGGGAUGAUUAUGAUAAAGAGGUGAAACAGGCCAAAGAGAAGCAAAAGCGUAGGCAUACUACCACCCCCUGUCGACCUCGACGACCCGAUCUGCAAGUAUAUCAUCCACGCCACCGGACAGACGGCCUGGGGCCCCAUGAGGCAGCAGAUGAUUGGCAGGAGAAUGAGAGUGGUGACAGCAGCACUGAACAGGAGGGAAACUCAGCCUCUCCGCUCUUCUGGCUGGACUACCAGGCCGACAGCGGACACAUUACUUCCUUCAUCGUCUGCAAGGAGGAUGACCCCGAGAGUGUGGUGAUGCGGGUGGCAGAGGAGAACAUUCUAGACUCGGCCAUGAGAACCGUGCUGCUGGCACGCAUCCGCAAGGAGAUGGACAAACGGCGUAACAAGCGCUGAGCAAGCAGUCGUAAUCAGAGAAGGGACAGGCCGCAAGAACAGCACAACCGGCGGAUGAGAGAGAGAGAGAGACAGAGAGUGAAGUGAUAUUAGAGGAAGGGUUGUGGAACCGAUGGUGAGGAGUGGGCGAGCGUGGACAGAGACGGAAGGUGAAGAGGUGCAGAGGACUGCACAGCGCUCAGGAAGAGGAGCAGCGAGGGCAGAAUUACAGCAGCCGGUCAGCUCGUGGAGCUGCUCUCACAGGACGAUGAAUGAUGAGACAGGCGGACUGCUCGCCUCAGAGUUCAGAGGUCGUAACCUUUCAAGUGCAAUCAUGGUGGUUUCCUGAAACACAAACCACCAUGGACGCUUUCAUCUUUCUCAUAUCUUUCUCACUCAUACUCAGACUCAGACUCAGACACAGACACAGACACACCCCAACUCCUACACAAACAUGAUCUGGUAAUGUUUAGCAGUGUCAGGAAUCUGUUGGAAGGUUAUGAAUUAGUAUUGCUGGAUCUGGCUAUGGCUGCAAGAGUUGUGCAUGUGUUUUCUUUGUUUGUUUUGUAAAGGUGCCUGUGGUAGCAUCAUUUUGUGUUUUAGUUGGAGUGACGAUGCACUGAUGGAACAGCAGAUACAGAACACUGGGUCAACAUACAAUAAGCAUAAGAAGAUGUGCAGUUGUGGAAUUAAUGCGUCUAUUAGAAAAAUUUGCUGUGUGUGUGCGUACUGUAUGUCACAACACAAACACCUCACAUUGCUUGCUGCAUUCUCACUCCAGUCAGACAUUGAUUGCUGUUUACUAUUUUUUCCUGUAAAUGUUAUGACCUCCAUCAAAGAGGUUAUGUUUUUGGUUAGGUUUGUUGUUUUGUCUGUCUGUCCACAGGAUUACACAAAAAACCGUAUGACUGAUUUUCAUGAAUUUCCGUGGAGCGUGGGCCGAGGAAGAACCGGUUACGCUUUUGGAACUGAUCCAGGUCAAACCCUAGAUCCAGGAAUGAUUUUUUUCUACUUUCUUUGGCAAGAAGGGGCACAUUGGCCUUGGCAGAGGUCUGUGUUCUGUUUAAUGUGUAUGUUGAAAUAUCAGUGUGUGUGUGUGCGUGUCAUUAAAGGGAUGUGUGAUACAGAA